AUGGGUAACACGCAAGCCAACGAGAAGCACUCUAAGGCUGGAAAGUCACCAGCGAAAGGCAAACACUUCAUUCGCAACUUGAACAGGAGGGGAUCGUUGAAGGAGGGGAAGAAGCGUUCUAGAAAAAAGAGCAACGCGAAGCGGGAGGCGUCCGACAGGGAGUGCGAGGCGCGCGCGGUGCGGCGGUCACCGACCCGCGACCACCCGCUGCCGCCCAACGACUCCAACUCGGAGUCAGUGUACACGGAACCCCUGACGCCGCUCGCCGUCGAGCUCAACCAGUGCUACUACUCAGCGGAGAGCGACAGCGCGCACGACGAACCGUUCCGCGCGGCAACACCCGCACAGAUAAAUGUUGCACUGGAACUGGACGCAGACGCCGCGCCGGAACAGUGCUGGCCGGUUGUAAACAUGCCGCGCGCUGACGCCACGACGCCGACGUACGAUUGCGAAAAAGAAAAUAUAAACAAACUUGACACAUUCGAUGAGUGCGCCGCUGGUGAAAAGACCAUGGGCGGUAUAUUAUCUAGGUCGAGACACGACGAUUCUGAUCCGAACGAGUGCGGUCACGACUUCCUCGAGAACCGGCUUAAGGCGUGCGCGGGGCAGACUUCGUUCACCCUCUCCAAACAUCGCAAGGUUGACCUGCCGCCCGUGACGACAUGCGAGAGAUCUCUCGGCGUCCUCGAAAACGAAAGCGAUCGGAGACAUUCGAGCCUCAGCGACACGGUCGUGACGGAAUCGAACGUGCUUAGGAAGGUUGCCUCGCUCACGUUGGACAAGCUGACUGAGUCUAAAGUGACGCGGCCAAAGUUUGUUCCCGAGAAGCUAGAUUUCCAGCUGUAUGAAAAGUUUGAGGGGCAGAUGCUUCUCAAUUGGUUUGUUUCGUCGAUUGCUGACAACAGUCACUUAAAAAAUCUUUUAAGUUCUCAAGAUCUGAAAAAUAUUGGAAUUCAAUAUUGCACUCACCUUUUAGCAGCAGGCGUUUUACGGCAGAUUUCCGAUAAAGAUGCACCAAGAGAAAACGUAUUUAAGCCUAAUCUGAUGUAUUAUUGGGCGCAUAUGGAGGCUCCAGCUUCACAGCCAAUUACACCAGGAAGAUUACAAAUGUGUACAUGGCCACCAGAAAAAGAAAUAAACCCCAAAGAAGUAUCACAUAGUUACAAUACAGAAAAAAGUCCUCCGUAUCCUGUUAUACCGGAAGAGCAAGAAUCAGUUUCAUCAAAGACUGCUCAUGUUGAUAAUGUUCUAAGAAUAUCGACUACUGAUAAUAAAAGUUGUACAAAAUCUGUAUCACCUGCCGCUGAUAGCAUUUUUGGAUCACAAACACCAGAGUCUGAGGACUUAGAUCAAUCACCUCCUUCUCUAAAGCCAGAAAUAGUUCCAUCUCCACUCCCACCGCACCAAGAAUUGAGUCCACCACUUACGCCGACGACAGAGUUGAGCUCGCCUCCAGCCGCAACUCCAGUGAUGGGCCCACCUCCUGCGCCAAUGCCAGAAAUGGGUCCACCUCCACCCCUUGAGACAGAAUCGGCCCCACCUCUACCCCCUAUGCCAGGGUUUGCUCCACCUCCUCCUCCAAUGCCAGGUAUGGACCCACCUCCACCCCCAAUGCCAGGUAUGGGCCCACCUCCUCCCCCAAUGCCAGGUAUGGGCCCACCUCCUCCCCCAAUGCCAGGAAUGGGCCCACCUCCUCCCCCAAUGCCAGGUAUGGGCCCACCUCUUCCCCCAAUGCCAGGUAUGGGCCCACCUCCUCCCACAAUGUCAGGUAUGGGCCCACCUCCUCCCCCAAUGCCAGGGUUUGCUCCACCUCCUCCCCCAAUGCCAGGUAUGGGCCCACCUCCUCCCCCAAUGCCAGGAAUGGGUCCACCUCCUCCCCCUAUGCCAGGAAUGGGUCCACCACCUCCCCCUAUGCCCGGAGGCAUGGGGUCAUUGGGUCCGAAUCUCCCUCCCCCACCUCCGCCACCUCUUAAUGUUCCUGGUUCAACUACCCCUGCUGGCGCCGCGUCUCAACAAGGGCCUCUGCCAUUCCCCGCACCACCUGCGGGUGGAUGGAACAUGCAGCGAUCGACGUUGAGGAAGACGCCCGUCAAGCCCGCGGCGCCUAUGAAGCCGCUGUACUGGACUCGGAUACUGGCCGCGCCGGCGCCGCCUGUCAGCCAGAGCGAGGAGCGCGCCGGGCCGAAGCCGCUGUGGCUGGAGAUCGAGGAGGCGCGCCUGGACAACAUCGACGAGUUCACGGACCUGUUCUCGCGGCAGGUGGUCAAGGCGCCAGCCAAGAAGAAGGUCGAGGUGAAGGCGAAGAUACAGCCGGCGAAGCUGCUCGACAGCAAGCGGUCGCAGAACGUCGGCAUACUGGCGCAGAGCCUGCACGUCGAGUUCGCGGAGAUCGAGAACGCGAUAUACAACUUCGACACGUCCGUCGUGAGCAUGGAGGCGCUACAGCAGAUCUACGACUUGCGGGCAAGUGAUGAAGAACUGAUGCUAAUCCGGGACCAUUUGAAAGCCAAGCCGGAAAUUCCCUUGGAUAAACCCGAAGCUUUCUUACACGAUUUAUCCGGUAUACCGAAUUUCGCGGAACGCAUAUCGUGUUUCAUGUUUCAAGCAGAGUUCGAAGAUGCGGUCAAUACAACUAUGCACAAAUUGGACAAUCUGAAGAACACCUGCGAGUUCCUCAUCACGAGCGAACCUCUGAAGCAGCUGUUCGCCAUAAUCUUGACCCUUGGCAACUACAUGAAUGGCGGCAACUGCCAGAGGGGCCAGGCCGACGGCUUCGGUCUGGAAAUUCUUGCGAAACUCAGGGACGUGAAGUCGAAGCACUCGCAGGUGACGCUGCUGCACUUCAUCGUGCGCACGUACAUGCGGUCGCGCGGGGGCGCGCUGGCGGCCGCGUGCGCGCUGCCCGUGCCCGAGCCGGGGGACGUGGCGCGCGCGGCCGCCGUCGACUUCGCCGACGUGGCGGACGGCCUGGGCGCGCUGCGCGACCGGCUGCAAGCUUGCAGAGAGCAGACUAAGAAAGUGAUAGAAUGCGAUGCCCGGAGGAACGAGCAGGGCUGCGACUCGCCGUCCGGGGACAACGCUAAAAGGCUGGAGGUGUUCAGCGAGAAGAUGAACACUUUCCUCGACGCCGCAGAAGAGAAACUGAAGAGUGAGAGCGACAACCUGGAGGAGUGCAGAGCCAGGUUUAUCGCGACGAUGAAGUUCUACCAGUACACGCCGAAGUGCGGCAAGAUGGAAGACUGCGAGCCCAAAGAGUUCUUCUCGCUCUGGACGUCGUUCUGUAGUGAUUUUAAGGACAUUUUCAAAAAGGAGGAACAAAUCGCCAUCAAAGAGAAAUUAAAAGAAACCAAAAAACUUCAGGAGGAGAGAAAAUCCCUGACUCAGCCCAAAAAGGAAGGUGGUUUAAAAGCUCGACUACAAAAGAUAUCUAGUAGGAAA